AUGAACUCGGCGACUCGGAGUGUGUGGAACGUUUUCAAACGGUCGAGUCAGGGCGUCGACUCAGUGAGCCACGGGCACCAUCAUCGUCAAGAACAAUGGAGAGGGAUUCGGGUGAAGGUCUUCAACGGGAACCUGGAGUCGGCGCUGACGUUUAUGCAGAGGAAGAUGCAGUCCAGUGGGAUCGAACGGAUGAUAAAGCACGAGCAAACCCACCACAUCAAGAACUCUGAGAAACGCGUCUUGGCUCGCAAGAACCUCGAGCGUAGAAUCAAAUCUCAGGACCUCGCUCGCAAGCUCAAGGCCAUCCUCUCCAAGAAAAUCCCGGAAUGUUUUAUUGAAUUGAAGGCCUCCCUAGCUUGUAGCUUGUUUGUAGCUGAAGUGUUUGAGGUUAUGCCUGUGAAAACCGGUGUUUGCUCGAGUGCGUAG